GGCCCACUUAUAAGCUAAAUUUUGUUUGUCCAAAAAAAAAAAAAAAAAAAAUUUGAGGGACCCGAAUAUUAUACAAGUCAAAAUGUGUAGAUGGUUGGCCAUUUUCGAAACCCAUGAAGCGCGAAAUAGGCAGACUAGUCGCUGAUGGCUUAUACAGAGAAGCCCUAUGCUUAUAUACUCAACACCACUCCGCUUCUUUCCCCCCUCACAAAUUCACAUUCCCUCCGCUUCUCAAAGCCUGUGCCAAGCUCCGAUCAGCCCCUCAAGCCCAAAUGGUCCACACCCAUCUCCUCAAAACCGGCUUCUUCUCCGACGUCUACUCAGCCACCGCUCUCACCGACGCUUACAUGAAGCUCAAUCUCAUGGACGAUGCGCUCAAGGUGUUCGACGAAAUGCCUGACCGAAACUUGGCUUCGGUAAACGCUGUGAUUUCCGGGCUGUUGCAUAAUGGACAUCGCAGAGAGGCUUUAAAGGUGUUCAAGAGCGUUGGUUUUGGAGGGUUCGGGUUGAAUUCGGUUACUAUAGCCAGUGUGCUUUCGGCGUGUGACAAUGCGAAGGAGGGGAUGGGAACGCAUUGCGCUGCGGUGAAGCUCGGGGUUGAGAGUGAUGUUUAUGUUGCUACAUCAGCUGUGAGUAUGUAUUCGAGCUGUGGAGAGUUGGUUUCUGCUGCAAAGUUGUUUGAAGAUAUGCCUGUCAAGAAUGUGGUGAGCUAUAAUGCUUUUAUAACAGGGCUUUUGCAGAAUGGGGUUCCAAGGGUGGUGUUGGAUGUGUUUAAGAAAAUGAGAGCAUGUAGAGGUGAAAAUCCGAAUUCAGUGACAUUGGUUUCGGUUCUCUCUGCUUGUGCUAGUGUUUUGUAUCUCCGAUUUGGCAGGCAGGUUCAUGGUUUGAUCGUGAAAAUUGCGAGUGGGAUUGAUGCUAUGACUAGAACAGCGCUUGUCGACAUGUAUUCCAAGUGUGGGUGUUGGCAGCUCGGGUACCAAAUAUUCGAAGAUCUAGAUGAAACAAGGACCUUGUUUAUAUGGAAUGCCAUGAUUGCAGGAGUGAUGUUGAAUGCGCAGUGGGAGAUUGCUGUUGAGCUUUUCGAACAGCUAGAAUCUGAAGGGUUUAAGCCUGAUUCAGUGACUUGGAAUUCAAUGAUCAGCGGGUUUUCACAACUAGGGAUGGGAAACGAAGCUUUCAAGUAUUUUAAGAGAAUGCAAUCGACUGGUGUAGCUCCGAGUUUGAAAUCUGUCACUAGUCUCUUGCAAGCCUGUGCAGAUUCAUCUGCUCUGCAAUGUGGACAAGAGGUUCAUGGGCAUGCAAUUAGGACUGAUAUUAGCAGUGAUCUGUUCUUUUCAACCGCUCUCAUUGACACGUACAUGAAAUGUGGGCAGUCUUCUUGGGCAAGAAGAGUUUUUGAUUCCUUUCAUGUAAAACCUGACGAUCCAGCAUUUUGGAAUGCAACAAUAUCUGGGUAUGGAAGAGAAGGAGAGAAUGAAUCUGCAUUUCGAAUAUUUGAUCAGAUGCUCGAAGAAAAAGUUCAACCAAAUGCAGCAACUUUUAUAAGUCUUCUAUCUAUGUGUAGUCACAGUGGUUUAAUUGACAAGGGAUGGCAAAUUUUUAGGAUGAUGGAUAGAGAUUUUGGAAUGAAACCAGAUCCGAAACAUUAUGGUUGUUUGAUUGACCUUUUAGGUAGAUCAGGCAGGUUGGAUGAAGCCCGGGAAUUAACACACGAGUUAUCAGAGCCUUCUGGAUCAGUUUUUGCUUCUUUGCUAGGUGCUUGCGAGUCCCAUUUAAAUCUAGAACUGGGGAAAGAAAUGGCCAUAAAACUUUCAGAAUUAGAGCCAGAGAACCCUACACCUUUCCUGAUACUGUCCAAGAUAUAUGCUGGGCUUGGGAGGUGGAAGGAUGCAGAAAUCAUUAGGGGAAUGAUGGAUGAUCAAAAGUCAAGAAAGCUCCCUGGCUUUAGCUUAUUACAAUUGCAUGAAAAAUAGAUAUACUGAUAGAUAACUGCAACUUGAUUGUCAACUGUUUUCUUCCUGUCUCUGCAUAUCUAUGUAAGGUUUCCACAAACGUAAGUUUCACUCAUUCAGCAUCUCCUUCAACGCAGACCCCAUGCAGUCAUCAAAGUGGUUGGGGGGUUCAUAAAUGAAGCAAGAAAUCACAUCUCUGAGAGUAAUGACACCAACAACUUCACCUUCCUGCCCCGCCACGUAGAUUCUAUGAACGGACUUGGAAGCAAGAGUUUCAAUCACAUUGCCAAGAGUGGACUCGACAUUGCAUGUAAUUGCUGGGACGGCUUUUCCAAUAUUCUGGCUUGUCGAGAUGGUGCUCAUGAAGUCCCUGACAGUGAGCUUCCUGAAAGAAAAAGGCAAAACAAAUUUAAGCUGAUCAUUGUCUGACUUGGAAGAUGUCUACAAGAAGAAACGAGAAGGUGAUUGCCUUUAUUAUGUGAUAAAGCAAAGUGUCUUUAAAGAAAUCAGUGCAUUGCAUGUUAGUUCCAGUAGUUGAGCUCAAAUGUCAAAUGAAACAGUAGAGUAUACAACAGUUAAUGUUUGAUACCUGAAUUUGAGAGAAUUAAAGCAUUCCACAGUCAAGAGUGAUGACCAACAUUUCAAUGUAAAUUUGGAAAGAGGUUGGGCAGAAAUGCUUCCAAGUUUGCGUUCAAAUACCUGAAAUUGGAGAAGAGCUCGGGUUUGAGCAGCAAGUGUCUGAUAUCUCUUAUGCUGACAUUACCGACUAUCUGCUUCUUUGUCCCUUCUACAACUGGAAGACCGCCAAUUUGAUUAUCUCUCAUCUUCUUGAAAGCUUCCAGGAUCAAGUCAUCGCUCAGGACACUAAUAACCUGGCCAAGAAAGCAAAGGAACAUUGAAAUUGAGACGUUAAAUUCACUAUCAACCAAUGCCUUGGUAAUCAGGAACGCUUACCUCAUCAGAGGACAUAAAAGGAAGUCCCAGAUCAGAUAUAGGCUUUGCGGCAAUGCAGUCAAACCAAUCCCUUCCUUUGCAUCGCUCAAGACCAUGAACAAUUGCUGAUUGAGUAAUGUAGUUCUUGAUAGUAGCUUGGCCAGGUUCUAUCACAGGUACAUUCCUGAGCCUAUAUUUUGAGAGUAGUAGCAAGACGCUCAACAUAGAACUAUCGGUUGCUACUGGAAGGAAAGGUGCCCAGCGGAAGGAUUUAAGUAUUGACCUUACCUGAAACAUACAAGUAAUAUCAUUCAGACAGCUAAAUGCAGUACAAGAGCAACGCUUUCAUGUAUCUGGUUCUGGGUUCUACAAUAUAGAUGCUAUAAUAUGCUUGAAAAUUUUCGGAAGAAGUGGAACCGAGUGAUUCAACAAUGACAGAUGACAAACAAUACUCUAGAUACAAGCUUACUGUGGUUGACUUGAAAGGUUCAUCUUGCAGUAUAGUUUUGUAAAAGUCUUGGCCCAAUUCAUCAGCAGCUGUGGGAGCAUCUUUGCGCAUCCCUUUGUCCGCAGCCACUCCACCAGCCACUGCAGCUCCAACUGCAGCAGCGGUUAACCCUGCAACUGCAGCAGGACCGGUCACACCCAAUGCAACUGCUCCAAUUGCGCCAACAGCUCCUGCACCAACUCCAGCAGCUGUUGCUGAAGUAGCUGAGAGAGCAACUGCAGCUAGUUCUGCACUCUCCAACACCCAAAGAAUAAUGGCAGAGUAAUCUAUGA